CCUCUACUGUUAUCAAGAAUUUCAAACUUAAUGGCAAUACAUUAACACUUGAGGUAUGCUCGAAUACAAUGAAUUCUUGAUUUUCCAGACAAAAGGACAAUCCAUGUACUAGAACAUAUGCCAAGAAUCAUUUUCUACAACCAGCAAAAGAAAAUAGUUCUGACGUAGCUCAGUGCUUUGAAUUUGAAGGAACCAAGUAAGCAUCGUUCUAAAUCUUACACGUAAACAUAUCGUGAACAGCAAAGUAAAGCCAUAGGGCAUCUCCUACAACGCCGACUUUGAUGUUUUGAACCAGAAAUCGUUCUGCAGAUGCCUGGUUUGAGACAAAGAGGGCUGGAAGAAUAACAUAUGAUAGUAGAAAAAGUUGAAGUUGUAAUACUUGGAUCAUACUCAGUGAUCUAAUUCUUUUUCAUUCAUAUUUUGAACCAGAGAUCCUUCUGCAGAUGCGCGGUGUGAAGAAAAGAGGGCUGGAAGAAAAACAUACCUUAAUAGAAAAAGAUGAAGUUGUAAUAUUUCUUAGAUCAUAUACUGAGCUAAUUCGAUUUCUCAAUAACCAAGGUUUUAACAGUAUUAAGACAUGAAUCUCAGAGAAUCAGUCCGCGUAUGCAUAAUCAGAACACUUUUACUGUAUGGUUACUGGAAUUUCCUAAGUGAGAAGAGGUAACCCUCAAGAUAAACCUUUCUUAAUUAGUCAGUGGGACAGACAACAUUGUCUUAAUUAGACAAGGAUAGUAAUAAACCUUCUCUUAACAUGGACAGUAACCUAAAAAAAAUGACUAUAAAUAAACUCCAAACCUGUAGACAAUCAUGUAAACAUCAGACACUCACUGAUGGGGUGUCUUUGCACGAAGGAAAGACGUAUAUUUGAAGAUCCAUCGAUGCUUUCCACUCAAACAAUAUUUACAGUGAAAGAGGUCAAAACAUUGAACGAGCUAUAUAGGAAACUGGGCAGCACUUUAGUCGAUGAUGGUUUCCUCAACAGAGAGGAGUUUAAGCUUGGAUUGUUUAGGAAUAGCAAGGAGAAGUCUCUUUUUGCCGAUAGGAUGUUCGAUAUGUUCGAUUCCAAACAUGAUGGAGUGAUCGAUUUCGGGGAGUUCGUCAGAUCAAUGAGUAUAUUCCACCCCGACACACCUCAAGAGGAGAAAGCCAUUUUUGCAUUUAGAUUAUAUGACAUAUGGCAGACUGGAUUCAUUGAGAAAGAAGAGGUAAAGGAGAUGAUUGUAGAGUUUCUUAAUGAGUCAAACCUAAUCCUUUCUGAUGACAUUAUUGAAGAUAUAAUAGAUAAGACUUUCGAGGAAGCUGAUUCAGACAAAGACGGGAUGAUAGACAUAGAAGAAUGGAAAGACUUAGCAGUGCGGAGACCAACGCUGUUAAGGAACAUGACAAUUCCUUAUUUGAAGGACAUGACAACAUUUCCGAGUUUUACAAUGAGAACAGAGAGAGAAGAUGAGAUCAAUAUUUAGUCUUUGAUAGUGACAAACUAACUAGCCAUCAUAUGAAAUGUGAGAACUUCUUUCAACUGUUCAACGAGUGGA